AUUUCCAGACAGAACCCAAUACACUUUCAAGAAAGGGGAGAGGCGCUACUAAAUUCAGGUUUUGUCGGGCACAGACUGUGUUGGGAGGGUCGUCAUCACGGCAGUUGUGGAGGGGACUUGAAAGCGCGUUGGAGCAGCUAUAACAGAAAAGGCAACAGAACGUGAAGAAAGGCAAAAAAACAACUUUUCUAGCGUUAGCCACUUUUUUGUUAUUUAGGUUUCUUUUAUUGCCUAACCAUCGUUACGGACUCACUAUACGAGGGCAGCAGAGCUUCCCAGUUCUGACGUCGGUGGGGUACCGCACACUACUUUCUUUGUCCGUUUCCCUCUCUGUCUGUUCCUUUCUUCCUCUCGGUCCUUCUCUGCUUCUCUAUCCCUCUCUCUCUCUCUCCCUCCCUCGCUUUCUUUCCCCCCCUCUCUCUCUCUUUCCCCCCUCCCUCCCUCUUUGCUCGUGUUGCCAUGGCAGCCAGCAAGCCCAAGGGGCAGAACUCUCUGGCCCUGCACAAGGUGAUCAUGGUGGGCAGCGGUGGCGUGGGAAAGUCCGCCCUCACGCUGCAGUUCAUGUACGACGAGUUCGUGGAGGACUACGAGCCCACCAAAGCGGACAGCUACAGGAAGAAGGUGGUGCUGGACGGGGAGGAGGUCCAGAUCGACAUCUUGGACACGGCCGGGCAGGAGGACUACGCCGCCAUCCGGGACAACUACUUCCGCAGCGGCGAGGGCUUCCUCUGCGUCUUCUCCAUCACAGAGCUGGAGUCCUUCGCUGCCACCGCCGACUUCAGGGAGCAGAUCCUGCGGGUGAAGGAGGACGAGAGCGUGCCCUUCCUGCUGGUGGGGAACAAGUCGGACCUGGAGGACCGGCGGCAGGUGGGCACGGAGGAGGCCAAGGCGCGCGCCGAGCAGUGGGGCGUCAGCUACGUGGAGACGUCCGCCAAGACCCGGGCCAACGUGGACAAGGUGUUCUUUGACCUAAUGCGGGAGAUCCGAGCGAGGAAGAUGGAGGACAGCAAAGAGAAGAACGGGAAGAAGAAGAGGAAAAGCCUGGCCAAGAGAAUCCGAGAGAGAUGCUGCAUUUUAUAAUGACCCCCCCUGGUCAUUCCCCCCCCACCCCACGCUCUUUAACAUUCAUUCUGAGUUUGCAUUUGGGUUUUUACCUCCCCCUGAGACUGAGAGAUACUGAGGUUCAACCCUUCUAGUCCACAAGGAGGGGGGCAGUGGGCGUGAGACAAAAGUGGGCGUGUCAAGAACACAGCGCUUUAGAAAACAAACAAACAAACAAAAAAAACAUACACAGCUUAAGGACCAACAUUAAAUGUAGGAGCAGCAAGCAUGAAUUCACAGGCUAUUACACGGAGGCUAAAGUAAUGAAGGAAAAAAAUAAUUUUAUGCUUGAUAAAUAAUGUAACGUGUAUAUUUGUGUGACAUAACAAAAGCACAGUGAUGAGCUUUUUCUUUUCUCUUAAUCAUGGGUUUCCCUCAUUUUUGAGACCGGAUAUUUGUUCUUCUGCAGGCAGUCAGUUUUUUUUUUCUCUGAUUAACUAGAGUCUCAUUGGUUGGUGCUGGUCCCUAUUAAUUUCUCUAAAACUCCCAACGAACCUCAGCCAUAACACAGACGACCAAGACUUGACUGCAAGGAGGCUUGGGAAAUGGAGUUUAGUGUCAUUGACAUCUCCAUGCCUUGUAUGCUGCGAAUGUGACCGCACAGACGCAGGCCUUGCCGUUACUCCUGACUGAGUGUGUGUGUGUGUGUACGUGUGUGUGUGUGUGUGUGUGCAUGCGUGUGUGAGAGAGAGAGAGAGAGAGAGAGAGAGAGAGAGUGAGAGAGAGAGAAAAGACUGGGGAGAGAUGUUCAGCGUACGACAGUUCUUACAUUUCAUUUUGAUGAAUGUCCUUAUAAAACACGUGGGUACAGUCUCAGUUGCUGUUCUAAAUGUCAGACAACAAUCUCAUGAAAUAUUUAACCGUGCCGUAAUUUAGAAAUGACUGAAAGUGACAUCACCACCCUGGAUUUUGAGUGGCCAUCUGUUUUUAAUGUGAUUCCACUAUCCAUCAGGCUCAACGUGUGUGUGUGUGGGUGUGUGUGCGCAUUUCAAAUAUAUUACAGGAGCUUUCUUUUUUUCCUUUUUUCUUGUAGUUGUUUGUUAACGUAUAUAUAAAAAUACAGUAUAUACCUGACAGACUUAUUUUCAAUGGUCAGACUUGUGCUCGACGAAAAUGAAUUUUUCUGUUUUGUGAGCACAACCCUUCUGUUGGUGUGGACAAACACACACACACACACACACACACACACACACACACACACUAUUGCAGUGGUUGUCCUGAAAGGUCAGUAAUUGAAGGAUCGGUGGUAGCGGACGUAGUUCCAGCACUGCUGCUGCUACUUGCGGUCUCGCAUUUCCUGCAGUUUAAACAAUGAAGAUUCUGCCAUGCUUGACCUGCAGCACCCAUGGCAAAAUCUGGCUUUGCAGAAGUAUUCUGCGCACCACUUUAACUGCAGUUCUGAAAGAAAAUGGCUCUCCCUUUCAGCUGAGCAUAAAAAAGGAUUUUCAGAGCAGGCCAAUCAUGGAAGAUAUUACUCAACUGUACUUUCCCCCCAUACUUUUUACACUAGUUGUUACUUAAAUUUGAUGAAAGUGAAUUUUUCAGUCCUCAUGUUAAACUGAAAUAGUAUAAUUGAGAUGCUUUGAAACAAUUAAAAUUGUAACAUUGUGAAGUUGCAAUGAUAUUUGUCAGUGCUGUUUAAAAGGACUUGUAUAGAGUUAUUCUGUGACUGACAUUUGAAGUGAUAUGCUUUCCAUUCUCGGAUACUGGGAUACUGGAGAAUAUACUGCCAUCUUGGUUGAUAACAGUCCACUCCAGGGUUGCUUGUGUUUGUGAACUUUCAUAAACUAAGGCUGAACUCGAAAUCUCUGGUCCCUGGCCAGGAAAGGGAGGGAGGGGGAGCGGGGGUGGGGCGGGGGGGGGGGGGGUCUCAUCGUAAACGUCCAGCUUCACUUCCUUCUCUGCACAUUCUGUCUUUUAUGGGACAGAAAAACCGCUGGAACGGCGCUCUAGAUUUAUGGUUUCUGUCCGAGGAUUUCAUACUGCGUUCAGCUUGGAAGAGAACGGAAAGCGAUUGGUCAAAGGCCACAAAUUUCUGUAAUCACUUCCAGUCAUGCCCCUUUGAGUGGACAUGCGAUUUCUCCGCUGGGCUUGCGUUGCCCUUUUUGGGUCGGGAGUGUGAGUGACGUGGGCAGCUUGUGUCUGUUUGUCUGUCCAAGCACGGUUUGACAAGAGUUAAUACUUACGUCCAGGGCUGCCCCUAACCUUUUUAUUUGGGCCCCUCCCCCUUUUCUUUCCACGGCUGUCAUGCCAAGGGACCUGAGCAUUGCGGACUGAGGAGGGAACAGGGAGUGUUUAAUAGGGACACACACACACACACACACCCAUGUGUGCGCGCACACACACGUACACGCGCACACACACAGCAUGCCAAUAUUGCUGCUCUCCCUUGGGUCCUAUCCAGUGUCAGAACCCCUGAAAGCUACAUGCAGGCCUACUUAGAGGCUGUACCCACAUCAGUCAGAUUUGGGCUUAGGAACACUUGAGACUAACAGUAGCUCUGGUAGUGUUCACUGGUACACAGUGCAGGCCAUUGCCAGGAUCGUCUAGAACCCAACAGCAUUGGACAGAUUGUAUGUAACUGACAUGCCUGUAAUCAAGAUAUAGCCCAUUUCUCGAGUGUAAUAAAGGACGUGGGGUUGUUUAGUGACGCUGACGAUGGCAAUACAAGUACGAGUGAGGCUCCCGUCCGUGAUAUUUAACUGUGAAUUGUGUUGCUAAUUAUAACACUAACCGUAGCACGACGCUUGCUUGCUCUCCGGCACCAACAGGUUGCCGGCACUUGACUGAAACCAACCGUACUUCCAAAAAGUGCAUCCAUCUGUAAUCAUGUAAAAAACCAGACUUCCAUUUUGAAAAUACCCCAUUUUUUUGUUUUUGAACAUUUUUCUCGGGAAGGUGCUGCACCACUUACACUCAUUUUUUAAACGACGUUUCCUCAUCGAACGACGGUCAAACGGCAAAACCUCACACCUUUUUUUAUGAUUCGUGGAGGGAAAAACUGACCCAUCUUGAAGCUGGUCAGUUUCCAGGAAGGAAAGUGAGAUGACUGCCAUCGCCAUCGCCAUCGUGCAACAAGAACCUGUCUGUCUGCACGAGUGGCUUUCAAUCCAUGGUGCAUUGUGGGAAGGACUCGUAAAACUCCUUGGACAUUGGUUCGGCUCCGCGUUCUGUACUGCUGGUGCACAGUGGAGGUGGGCCGCCACCUUUACUAAUGGCUGAGCAUAAUGUGUGUGUCGUGCUGAAUAUUCAGUUUUUGUUUUUUCUGUGGAAGUGCAUAUGGAUUUUUUUGUUCAGUGUCUCAAAAAUGUCAACCUGUUCCUACCUUUCAGCAGUUCGCUCGGCCCCUAAAUGUUCUUAAAAGUGCUUUAGUGUAUCACCAUGGAUUCUUUUUUCUCUCUUUCUGACAUGUCCAGUGUAACUGGGGAUCCUUGCUAAACCCACUGAUGUUGUGCUUUUCUGUCUAUGAGGUGGGUACCAGGGUGCAGUGGUGACUGGUAUGCCGUCACCAUCACCUCCGCAAAGCUGAUUCCCCUUCUGCCCACACCUUUUAACUGCUGUACUUUGAGCCAUUUGAGAGAACGACAGAGAAAUUCAGAAGAAAAAAAAUAAUAAAGAAAUAAACUUACUGUUUUGUAAGA